AUGUCUUUCAACGACACCCUAAGCCUUGGUGGAAACAGCACCGCCGCCGGCCAGAAGAAUGGUCAGAGCGCCGGUCAAUUCGCCGCCUCCCUUGUCACCGCCAUCGCAAUCUUUGCGGUCGAAGUCGGCAUUUUCCUCCUCAUAAAAGACAGAUUUGCCAGAAUAUAUCAGCCCAGGACAUACCUGGUCCCGGAAAGAGAGCGAACGAAACCAACCGCGCCCGGGUGGUGGAAAUGGAUAAAGCCCGUCCUGCAUACGAGCAACUCCGAAUUCGUGCAAAAGUGUGGCCUGGAUGCCUACUUCUUUUUGAGAUACCUACGAACUCUCCUGAAGAUCUUUGUCCCGGCCGCCCUGAUUAUCUUGCCUAUCUUGAUCCCUCUGAAUAUGGUGGAUGGGCGAGGUGCUCGAUGGGCAACCGGCCGCAAUGAGAAUGGCACCAAUGUCACCGGCCUGGAUCAGCUGGCAUGGGGAAAUGUCGCGCCUGAACAUACCGGACGGUACUGGGCCCACUGGCUACUUGGUUUGGGUUUGAUCAUUUGGGUCUGCUUCGUUUCUUUCGAUGAAUUGCGCAACUAUAUCCGCAUGCGCCAGGCCUACUUGACCUCUCCGCAACACCGACUUCGUGCUUCCGCCACCACCGUCCUCGUCAGCUCGAUCCCUCGAAAAUGGUGCACUGUUGAAGCCCUCGAUGGCCUCUACGACGUUUUCCCCGGCGGCAUCAGGAACAUUUGGAUCAACCGGAACUUUGAUGAACUCAGUGGCAAAAUCAAGACACGCGAUAAGCUCGCGGCAAAGCUAGAGGCCGCCGAGACGGAACUCAUCAAGAAAUGCUUCAAGAAGAACGAAGAAAACAUUGCCCGGGCCGAAAAGGAGGCCGGCAAGAAACUUUCAAAACAGGAAAAGAAGCUUCGGGCCACCAUUAGAGAUGAGGUUGGCGAGCAAGCAGCUCACGGGCAUGGCGUGAGCUCCGGGAAUCCCCAUCAAGUGAACCAUAAUCUUCGGGACGUCCUGGACGGCCCGGCUGACCACGAUUCCUCUUCCAUUUCGUCAUCCGACACCGAAUCGGACGAAGGUCAACAGCGUGAAAGACGUGGCAUUCCCAUUCCAAUGAUCGGGGAAGGUAUUUCGGCAGUCACACAUGGCAUAGGCAAGGUUGGAAAUCGAAUGAUUGGAGGGAUUCGAGGAGUCAACCGGGGUUUAAACGAUACUAUCGAUACCACCAACGGCUUCGUCCCAGCGGAUGGCGAACAGAAAGAUUUUGGCCGAGGUUCUGGUGAACAGCCCGAACCCAAGGCUGAAGUGCCUAGCACACCCCCAAAAGUCACUGGCAAACGAAGCCCAGCUGCCAAGGAUGUGUUCUCAAAGACCGGGAGGGAGGCGAUUGGCCGUGGACGAGCCUUAGAAAGGACCGAAGGUGACAUCGAGCUAGGCAGUCCCAUCUCUCAAUCUAGUACAAUGAGGGACGAGAAGACCCGAAUGGAAAAGCCGCUCACUACGUUUCAGAAGCUCAAGAAAGCAAUGGGGCUCGGCACCAAAGAAAAGGAACACAUCGACUACCCUGCCGCCUUUGAGUGGGAUUUUGAACAUGAUCCUGACGAUGCAGUCUGGCGGCGCUACUUGAGCGACAAAGAUCGUGACACCAUGAGACUUCCGAUUUUUGGUUGGCAGUGGAUGCCUUCGCUCCCCUUGAUGGGUGAGAAGGUCGACACUAUCCGCUACUGCCGCAAGGAAGUGGCCAGACUCAAUGUCGAAAUCGAAGACGAUCAAGCUCAUCCGGAACGAUUCCCUCUGAUGAACUCUGCAUUCAUCCAGUUCAACCAUCAGGUCGCCGCCCAUAUGGCUUGUCAGACUGUCAGUCAUCACGUACCCAAACAGAUGGCGCCUCGUCUGGUCGAGAUUGACCCGAACGAUGUUAUCUGGGACAAUAUGUCGAUUCCCUGGUGGUCGGCGUAUAUCCGAACCUUCGGUGUUGUUUCGGUCGUGGUGGGCAUGAUCAUCCUGUGGGCAAUCCCUGUUGCCUUCACCUCUGCUCUCUCACAACUGGAAACCGCGGCCAAAACAUUCGCAUGGCUUCACUGGGUUCUGGACAUUCCUGCUUGGUUCAGAAGCGUGCUGCAGGGCGUCCUGCCAGCGGCUCUGCUAGGUCUGUUGAUGUUCCUCCUUCCUCUCAUUCUCCGAUUUCUGGUGCGGACCCAAGGAACCCAGUCAGGUAUGCUCGUGGAACUUUCAGUCCAGCGCUACUACUUCGCCUUCCUGUUCGUCCAGCUGUUUCUGGUCGUCUCGAUUGCAUCUGCCUUGACCCAGUUCUUCGCUCUGUUUACCAGUGUGGACGGGUGGACGAACGUUCCUAAUCUGCUGGGCACCAACAUCCCGAAGGCGAGCAACUAUUUCUUCUCGUACAUGCUCCUUCAGGCCAUGUCGGUGAGCGCCGGAGCACUUGUGCAAGUCGGCUCACUCAUUGGCUGGUUCAUUCUGGCCCCCCUGCUAGACAGCACAGCACGAGCCAAGUUCAAGCGGCAGACUCAGUUGUCCAACAUUCAAUGGGGCACCUUCUUUCCCGUCUACACCAACUUGGCCUGCAUUGGCUUGAUCUACUCAGUGAUCGCGCCGUUGAUCCUGUUGUUCAACAUUAUCACCUUCUCUCUAUUCUGGUUUGUCUACCGGUACAACACGCUCUAUGUUACUCGAUUCACCCGCGACACUGGUGGCUUGCUGUAUCCCAAUGCCAUCAACUAUACUUUCGUGGGGGUCUACGUGAUGGAAAUUGCCUUGAUUGGCAUGUUUUUCCUUGUCCGAGAUGAGCAUAACAACGUUGCGUGCACAGGCCAGGCCAUUGGAAUGAUCGUCGUUCUCGUUUUGACGGCAGGGUAUCAAUAUCUACUGAACAACGCCUUCAGCCCGUUGUUCAGAUAUCUCCCUAUCACUCUUGAGGAUGAUGCAGUCCAACGAGACGAACAAUUUGCCAGGGCCAUGCAGAAGAAGCAUGGACUCAUUGAAGAUGAGAACGAAGAGGUCCCCCUCGAAGAUCAACUGGAGCUUAACGAGCGACGGGAGAUGGAAGAAGACCGAGAAGCCGAAGAAAAUGAGCGGCGAAGAAUUGAGAGAGAGAGACAGAAGCGCCGCGCAAGACCAGCAUCCCAACAGUCGCAUCAAACGGAGCCAUUACAGCUGCAGAACCCAGAAAUCGCGAUGAACCUGGAUAAAGAGAGCAAAGGCAUUCGGAUGGUCAAGGCGGCAGCAGUCAAGACGGCCGGGACGACCAAGAACUUGAUCCCACGGCCUCAACCACGCCAAGAACACCGCAAGUCAUGGGCCGACCGGGAUGAAUCGCACAGUCGAAGAGCAGCCAACGUUGACAACGAAAGGGAUGGGACAUCACAGAGCGCUGACCGACAGUAUGUGUCAGGAGAAGACGACCGUCAAGGGCGUGGCCGUACCUCGCACAAACGUCACUUGUCUCCCCAUCUCGAGGUGUUGAACAAAUUGAACAACUUCAACCCAGUGACAGGAAACGAAAAGGACGUGGAGGCCCAGCGAGCCGCACGCACCGAACUUGCGGACGCGCUCUUCGGGGGAGUCCACGACGAACUGGAAGACCUGACGCCCGAAGAGCGCGACAAGCUGGUGCAGCGGGCAUUCCAACACAGCGCGCUCCGGGCCCGGCGGCCCGUGAUUUGGCUGCCCCGAGAUGAGAUGGGCGUUAGUGACGACGAAGUGCACCGCAUGGGUGACUUCAGCAGUCAUCUCUGGGUCAGCAAUGUGCGGCAAGGUCUCGACUCGAAGGGUCGCUGCGUGUAUAGUGGCACGCCGCCGGACUUUAGCGAGGUCGAAUUGAUUCAGCUGUAG